UGCAAAAAAUUUCCUGCAGCUUAAUACGCUACUCCUUGCGGCAAAGAUUUUUUUAUCACUGAAAACAUCGGAAUAUUCUACGCCAACAUUUGGGCUCGAGAGCUUACGAAAGCUUUCGAAAUCUUAUUAAUUUUAAAAAUAAAAUGCUGUUUGUUUUUGUCUAAAUAAGAUGAAAAUGCAUUCGUCGCCGGAUCUCUUCACUCAAAUCGUCGGGUUUAUAUGGCGAAUAUUUACCAGAAUUAUUCUGAAUGGGUCAGAUUUUCUCGCCGGAAUAUUAUGUUCUUCACGAAUAAAAGCCAGUGAUUUAAUUGAGAUUAACGGCGAAAUCCGACGUCGUCGUCGUGAUUCCGGUGAAGGCAUUCACAAUCAGGAAAAGUUUCCUACAAAUCUCUUUGAGAUCCUUACAGUGGGAAAAGAAGCAUCUGAUAACGGACCAUGCGUCGGUUAUCGACCCAGCAAACACGAGAAAUUCGUAUAUCUCUCCUACGAAGAACUCAUCCAACGCUCUACUAACUUUGGAGCCGGCUUGCUGCAACUGGGAGCGCGCAGCAAUGAUGACUUUCUCGUUGGUAUUUUCGCUUAAACAUCCAUGGAAUGGACGCUGGCGGAAUACGGCUGUCUGGCGUAUGGCCUGGUUACGGCGCCGCUCUUCGAUUCCCUUGGAUACGAAGCCUGCGCGCAGUUGAUAGAAUUCUGUGGGAUCGAAGUGGUGGUUUGCGACGGCGACGAUCAUGUGGACGCCUUAUUAGGUCAUGGUCAACUUCCCAAGACACUGCGCACCAUUAUCACCGUCGAUCAACUUCCAGUGGAAAGAGUGAUCGACUUGGACAAUCACGGGGUCAAAUUCUUCACUAUGGACGAUGUUGAAAAAUUAGGACGUUCCAAUCCAGUUCCAGUAUGUCCGUCGGAACCGGAUCAGCUGGCCACUUUGUUGUUCACCAGCGGAACCACUGGAAUGGCCAAAGCGGUCAUGAUUACGCACCGACAGUUCGUCCUCUUCUUAAAAUCCAUGACGCAAAGCAUGCUGCCGGCCAAAAUGACCCCGGAAGAUUCUACGCUCGGUUUUCUUCCACUGGCACACAUUGCCGAACGGUUCAUUGAGAAACUGAUACAUGUACAUGGCGGUAAAGUUGGUUACAUCAGCGGCGAUAUACGUAAUCCCAAAGUCCUGUAUGCCGAUGCCAAGGAAGUGCAGCCGACAUAUUUCUUCUUCGUGCCCCGCAUCAUGACCCGCAUCCAUAACGAAAUUCAGGCGGAUCUUAACCGAAAUAUAUUUAAGCGCAUAGCGGCCGCCCUCGGAAUACUGUGUAAAACCGUUGAGAUGCAGUGGGGAAUAUUUCGCAAUGACUCUUUCUGGGACCGAUGGCUUUUCCAUAAAUACCAGGCGAUGCUUGGCGGAAAGGUCAGAAUUAGUCAGACGGGAUCGGCGCCAACUGAUGGGAAAGUCUUGAACUUUAUGCGAGCGGCCUUUGGAUGUUACGUGGCGGAAAAUUACGGACAAACAGAAUCUUGUGGACCGUUUACGGGAACAGUGUACGGAGACCUUGCCGCCGAUCAAGUUGGCAUUCCGUUUCCGGAUACGGAAAUCAAGUUGGUGGAUGUGCCGAAGAUGGGAUACCGCGCGGCUGAUGGAAAAGGAGAACUGUGCGCUCGUGCCGACUUUCUGAUGAAAGGGUAUUUCAAGAUGGAAGACAAGACCGCCAAAACCAUUGAUCAAGACGGAUGGCUGCACACCGGUGAUAUUGGCAUGUGGUUGCCGGAUGGAAACCUGCGCAUCUUCGACCGGAAGAAGCACGUGUUCAAAUUAAGCCAAGGCGAAUACUUAGCGCCAGAACGCUUAGAAGGCGCCUUUUCUCGCUCUGAUCUAAUCAGCAAUAUUUUCAUCGAUGGCGACAGCAAAUAUCCUUACUGUGUCGCCUUGAUAUAUCCCAAAUAUGAUGCCAUGAAGGCGGGAAAAAUCAAGUCCGAAAAUAAGCAGGCAACGGAAGCUGUUAAAAAGCAACUUAUAGACGAACUGACCCGUAUCGGGCACGACCGGCAUAUGAAGUCAUACGAAAUUCCCAAAAAGAUACACAUUCUGGACGAAGGAUUUUCCAUGGAGAAUGGUUGUUUGACCCCGUCUAAUAAAACUAAAAGAGAGCAUAUACGCACCAAAUUUAAGAAAGAAAUAGCACAGCUCUACGCCGGCGACUAAGCUUUUUGGUAAAUGUGCUCAAUGUUUCUAAAGUAUUACAUAUGGUAUUACAUAUUGUUUAAAUAGUUAAAGUUUUUCGCCUGCAGCAUCAUCUUUCCUCGAUAUUCUUCAACGCCAAAUUAUUCUUCGGCGAAGGUGUCUAGAAACUAUUUGUUCAAUGUUAUAUGUUAGUGUUAUAUUAUUAAAACUGGAAGAUGAUAAGCACAAUAAAAUAUUAUUUAAUUAA